AUGUGGGCACCUCUGCUGUGCUGUUUGGCUUUAGCCGGUGUUGGGCGACCUGCUGAAAAUCGCUCGGGGACAGCAGUCGAAGAGAAACCAAUAAUAGCCAGAGGGAAGCUACUGGCUCCCAGUGUGGUGGGAUGAUCCAUUAAGAAGAUGCCAGAGCUCAGGGAGUUUCUGAUGGAGCGCUGGGCACUGUAUCAUAACCUUGAAUACGACUCUGGGGAGGAGAAGAACCCUCGACUCAUUUUCUACGACGAGAAAGAUGAAGUUGUAAAGGCAAUCAAGGUGAAGAAGAUGAAGGCGGAUGAGAUAAGCGCUCUGCUGGACUCUCUGGGCUUCUACCGAAGGUCUCAGAAGGGAGAGGACAUCCCGGAGGAAUUCCAGCAUUUUCCGCUGCAUGCGCCGCGGGACGAGCUGUGA